CGGAGCGGCGGCGGAAGAGCAGCUAUCGCUGGCGUGAACAUGGCGGAGACCGUACGCUCGCUCUUCGACUACCGGGAAACACACAGCCUGGACAGCGACGGAGAAGGCAUGAAACCGGCACCGCCGCUGCGGGGGCGCGGCUGUGGAAGGAAAAGGAAAGGGACACCCGUCAAAGUCUUUGUUACACACACUGAGGAAGAGAGCGUGCCUGAACACAGCUUCAGCCCAGGUGAUCGUAAAGAAGCAGCAGAGAAUAAACGUCCCACACUGGACGGGCCUUUCUUCAACACAGAGCCUGCUCCUCACAGCUGUCCUCCACCUCCUUCACCUACCAGUAGUCCGUCAACGCAAGCUCCUGAAAAAGUCUCCACCGGAUCCAAGACCAGCUCCUGCUCAGCCUCUACCCCAGCUCCAGCUCCUCCUGCUUCCUCAGCCCCAACCCCAACACCGCUCCCUGCUCCCGCUCCGGCCACGGCCGCUUCAGCUCAGGCCCCGUCUCUGACCCCCGCGUCCACAGCUCCGGCUGCCCCGACAGCCUCUGCUCCAGCGCCGACAGCUAGCUCAUUCCCACCCUCCCCCAACUGCCGCAUCCGAGAAGUUCACUGUGGCAGCCAGGUGCGGCUGGUCGUUAUCGCCAUCCGAGACAUCACCAAGGGGGAGGAGAUCACCGUGGACUACAGCCUGACAGAGUGGGGAGAGAACCUGGGUUUCCGUGGCACUGUGUCUCCAGCGCAACACGAGUGUAACUCUGACUCCGAGAAUAACAACAAUAUCAAAAAGGAGGACGAGCCUCUCUCUCUGACAGCCCAGCAGCAGCAGCGGCAACAGCAGCAGCAGCAGCAGGAGUACGUCACCCCCUCUUGGUCCCUCUCCCCCUCCUCCUCCCCCAUCUCUCACUCUGACGCCAGUGACUCAGACGCUGGAGAUGAAGACAACGCCAGCCCUCGCGGGCGUGCACCACGCCGGCGUAAAAAACGGCGUGGCACUCCUUCAAAGAAAAAGACCACCCAUCGGACUCCACCGGGGCGGCCGCCGACAGUCUCGACUAGCAUUCCUCAUCACAACCGUCCGCUUCCUUCAUCCCACCCUCCAGCGCAGUCCUCCCCUCCCUGCUCAUCCUCCUCCUCCUCUUCUUCAGCUAAGCCUGUGUUCAAAGCUCCGGCUCCGCUGGGCGCCAACACCAAAGGCAACGUCAACAUAAAUGUCCCCAGAGGAGGAGUGUCCAUAGACUCCAUGCGCCAAACCUGUGAGCACUGUGGACGCCACUUCCGCUCCCUGGGCCGCCACUUGGAUAAACACCAUGCCCACCAGCCUGAAGUGUGCUCCGCGCUGGUGGAGCGCUACACACAAAUGCCCCGUCUGCACGCACAGAACAAAAGCCCCACCACAGCUCACACACACACCCCGCAGCACUCAAAGUCAUCACAAGCGGCGGGACAGAGCCGCAGCUCAGAUCUUUCACAGAUCGGCGUCCAGGACCUCUCCAUGCCUCCGCCCACUCUCACUGCAGCGAACCAAUCCCCUACCUCCUCUGGAAGAAACUCCACCCCCCCUGUGCUGACACCCCCCCGAGGACAGAACGCAGUGCCCGUGUCUGUCCUAAAGAGGAGCCCACCUCCUGUAGCUGUCUCGCAGUCCAGGAAGGGAGCAAUGAGGAGGCUAAAGACAGAGAGGCCGGAGGAGGAGGACGACGAGGGGGAGGAUGUAGAUGAAGAAGAUGUGGAGGUCGUGGAGGUAAAGAGGCCCAAAGAGGAGGAGGAUGUUGAGGUGGUGUGCCCGCAGCCCUUCAGCAGAAAGUUGGCCAAAGAGAUGGAGCCCCCAAAAGAAGAGGAUGAUGAAGAGGAUGAGGAAGAAGAGGAAGAGGAGGAGGAGAAUGGAGUGAUGGAGGUGGAGGAUGAGAGUGGCACAGAGGAUAAGGAAAAGGACUUGCUGAGUGGUUCGGGACGUCACCACAUGCUGCCCCUCCUCUCGUCUUUGUCCUCUCUGGUGCUGUACCUGCGUCGGCUGCAGCACUCAGCCUUCCUGUCCCUGUCUCGCCAGCUACAGUCAGCAGAGGCCUGGCGCCUUCUCUGCCACUCCAGCCUGGCUCUCCUCAUCCUGUACAAUCGACGACGAGAGUGUGAGGUCUCCAAGCUGUCCAUCGCCGAAUACCGAGCUCGCGUCACUCCCCAGUGCCCUGUUCCUGUCCCACCUGGUGCACCUCCAGCUCUCACUCCACUGGAGGCCUCACUGUCCCCCUUUGAGCGCCUGGUGCUUCCUCAUCUCCCCAGAGUGGGGGUCCAGGGUAAACGCGGACGAGUCCAGCCCCUCAUCCUCCCCCCUCACUGCGAGCCCUGUCUGGAGCUCCUCCUGCAGACAAGGCAAGACGUGGGAGUAGACCCUGCAAACCCGUACGUCUUUGCCAGGCCCUAUCACUCCCCCGCCACACCUCUGCGAGGUACUGACCUCCUCCGCAGCUUGGCCCGAUCGAGUGGUACCCGCAACCCGCGUGCCCUGACCCAGACCAGGGUUCGCCGCCAGGUAGCUAUAUUGACCCAGCUGCUGCUACUGGGAGAAGGAGAGGAACCCGGGCAGCCUGGAGGCAGUGCCGUGGAGAGGCUGGAGCACUUCCUGGAGAGGGAGUACCAUGUGACACAGAACUGUGCCGGCAUUGGCCAAGACCCAGGCCUGAUGGGCAGAGUGGGCAGAGUGGUGCUUUGUGGAGAGAGAGAUGGAGUGCUGUUCAGAGGAAUGAGCCUGAACCACAUCUGCCUGGAGCUGGAUGUGAUGUCAGGAAACUCUGCAGACUCGUACUCAGAGGGAGAGUCUGAAGGGGAGCAGGUGAAGGAGAAGCCUGAGGCACCCACCCCUGCUCCCGCUCCGAACCCCACGCCCACCCUGCUGUAUGUCAGGAAGGGCAAGAACAACGGGCGAGUGGGACGACCCAAGAAGCUCAAGAACACCCAGCCAGCCCCUCCACCUCCUCCACCCCCGAACCGCAGGAGAGGCUCAGGGAAGCGAGGCGUCCUGAAGCGUCCCUGGUCAGAGGCGGAGCGUGCGGCCGUGGAGGAGCACCUGACCCAAAACAUCACCGAGCUGCGAGUGCCGGCAAAGGCCGACUGCGAGCGCUGCCUGCAGCAGUGCCCCCUAUUGGUCAGCAACCACCGCGACUGGAGAGCCAUCAAAUUCUACUGCCACAACCGCAUUCAGCUGCUGAAGAAAAACCAGCGGCGGGAAAGUGAGCCCCAGCCUCUCACUGUCUGCUGAAGGGACAGAGUGGGAGGGGGAGGGAGUGGGAGGGGGGUCUGUUGUGUUGCAGCUGAUCAGAGCAGAUUCUCAAAUGGUACCCUGCUGCCCAGGCAGCACUCAUUUUAAGAGGACGGUCCUUAAUUUCACUCUUUUCUGGUAUGGUUUUUAAUCGGACACCUGAUUGCAGUUUUCAUUUUGAGCCACACAAGAACAGAAAUCUGAUUUUUUUUUAUAUUUGCUGCUCCACUUUGAGGUCUUAAAAAUGACACUAGAGUCAUGGUGAUGUUCCUGGUCUGAGGGUGAUAGUGCAAGUCUUGCACUUGGACGGGUGCCGUUUGAGACAUGCCUUGGGGGACUUGGGGGACACUGGCCGCAGCCUGUGUUGUAUAUGGACAUUUUUUUCUCUCCUUCCAAAACAGAUACACUAAACUGAAAUUAACAAGGGAGGCGGUUGAGCCCCACAGUGUUGUUAUAUGAACGUCGUGAAGUAGCAUUAGUGUUUCAUGCACUUGGAGACGUUAAUAGGACAAAUGGCCUGUGCUUGGGUCACACUUUUCUCAAUAGUGGCUAUAUAAUUAGAGUAGGCCUAACUACUGUUAACCUAGAAUAAUAACCACAUCUUUCUUUCUUUUCAUACAGCUGACUGUGCACUUCUGACAGCGGUUACAUUAUAUCUGAAUCAUCAUUUACAUGUACGGUACUAGGUGAUGAACGAGUUACUCUUUUGCAGUUUUAUGAAGAUUUUUUAAAGUGGAACACAGGAUUUAACGACGGAGAUGUUUUUUGACAAACUCCAAAGUGUCGGGUUUCAUGAGAGAGACAAUGAAAUGGCCUCAGAAUGUUGUGAAGUUAUCUUUGGAUACCUAAGAUGCUCAGUUAACCCUUUGAAACCUAGAUCGACAUCAGUUUUCUUGUGCUGCAUUUGGACGCUUUUUAC